AAAGAAGAGAAGCAGCUGGAUUCUUCAUUGGAUGACUUGAUUCAUCGUGUUCGAGAAUUGAAGCAAAGUAUUGCAAGCUUCAUCUAUAAGCUGGAGAAUGAUUACCAAAAUAUAACUUGGCCAAGUCUUAUGGAAUCUUUUGGUGUGUUGUCUUCGGGGCUGAGCACGACCAAGCGUCUGCUGAAAACAGAGAAGAUGCCAUUAUUGAGGAACUAUGUGCUGUUCCCCAUACUUCUCUCUCCGGACAGGGACCCGCAUCUGGAGAAAUUAACAGAAGGACGUGUCCUUGCCUUUAAUCAUGAAGUGGUACCGGACUACCUCCGCACCAAACCUGAGCCAGAGGUGGAGGAAAAAGUGCAGUUGCUGAGUGUGAAGGCCUCUUCCAUCACCCCAGAGAUGGCACAGAAACAACUAACCAUGCUGAACAAAAUCACCAGCAAUGUUCUCGACCUCAUCAAUGCAUCCAGUGACGUGUUGGACAAAGAUUCUAGUCAGAAGAACGCUCUCCCUCAGACGUCCUCGGCCUCGGAGACCAAUAUGCUCAUCGCCGCCGUCACAAAGGGUAUGAGGCUGCGUCGACCCGAGCCACAAGUGCAGAUGGGUGGUCCGCAGAUGCCUGGCAUGCCAGGGCCCCCACAGCCACAGCAACCCGCUCCACAGAAACCUCAGAUGCCAGGAUCAGGUAUUGGACGAAUGCAAAGCACUGUCAAGACCAACAUCAAAGCUGCAGCAUCGUCACACCCUUAUCAGAGACCAUAGUGUAUCAACGAUAUUUAUAUAUAUGUGUACAUAUAUUUCAUUUGAAGUGCUUGUUGGGGCCACAUGUCGCCAAAACAAACCAAUUUGUGGCUCAACGCGGUGGAAUCAGGCUCUCGUCAAUUUGGGGGCUUAUGGAGUUAUUGGUAUUAUCUUAAAG